GUCCAGGUCGCGCCUGUCCUUUGCCGCCCCCAGGCGUCGCGGUCUGGUCUGGGAGCCCCGGUGGAGCGGUCUAGUCCUUCCUGAGCGAGCCUGUGUUGAAAUCUUUCCAGACGGAAGUGGCUUCAUGCAGCUCAUCACUGCUGAGCACCAGAUUUUAGCAGAAGAAGAAAAUAUCACUUAAUGUGAAAGCCAAUCCUUUCAGACAUGACAGAACAUCAGCUUGCCUCUACCCUUCCUGAAAUACCUCUAACAGUUCCAGUUAACAAUGGUGAUCCUGUGAAUCAUAUGGAGAAUUAUCUUCUGGACACUACUGCUGCUCCGCAGUAUUGUACAAAUUAUUCACAAAUUACGGCUCCUCCCAAGAUAUAUGGCACAUGGCCUUGUCCCCAGUACUGGACACAACAAAUGGUAUUUGUUCAAGUUAAUCCUGGAGAGAUACUUACCAUAAAGGCUGAUGAUGGAACUAUUCAGAAUAUUCAAGGACCUGCUGAUGUACCUCUGAUAUCACCAACUGGUAAUUUACCACCAAUAUAUCUUCCUCCUGGUUACAUAUCUCAGGUGGUGGAAGAAAAUGGGAUUCAAAAAAUUAUCGUUGUGCCACAAGCAAUUGACUAUCAAAUGCCUAUUCCUGCUUCUGUGCAUCAGAUCCCACCCUUCCCACUACCAAUUUCAUUUGUAUAUCCACAUACCCCUCCACUUAUGUAUCCUCCAGCUCAAGGGGAAGUUCCACCAACUUAUAUCCAAGAACCUUUUCCCCAGCAGCUGCCACCACCUACAGCAUUUAUAUACCAAGAACAUCGUGAAUCCUAUUCUCGUGGAAGAGCAAAGCACAACCAAUCCACUGAAAGGGCUGCAAAAGUGGAAGAAUGUAUGAAGAAGGAAAUAAAAGAAAGCCAAGUUGGUGAACCUAAGACUAGCUCCAUGGCUAAUAGCACCACUUCAAUUGUGAACCAAGCAAAUGAUUUGCCUAGUACUUCUGGUACUCCAAGUACUAACACUCCUAGCACUCACAGUGAUGCUAAUGCUUUGAGCAUCUACCCAGUGAAUACCGCUUUGAGCACUUGCACUGCUAGUAAUGCACCAAAUACCAAUACUGUUGACAAUCCUUCAAACACUGAUAAAACUCUUUCUGAUUCUUUCACUGGCCAUGACCCCAGUCCUUCUACCUCAGAUGCUACAUUUUGCCCUGACACCACUGACAGUACUGCAGCCCCCCUCAGCAUUGAUGACAAUCCCAAGUCCACUGAGGAAACACUAAGUCCAUCAACUAUGGACAAAACUCCAAGUUCUUCCAUUUCAGACACUGCUCCCAACACCUCUAACUCUGACGAUGCUCCUUGUACUCCUAUUGAUGAUGCUAUCAAUCCCCCCAAUGCUGUUACCCUGUCCAGUGCUGAUCCAUCUACAGGUGAAAACAGUGAUGGAAAGGAACAAGAUGUUAUGGGAGGUAGAAACAAUAAGCAGACACCAGAUGUCAAGCAAAACAGGAGUCAGUCAUCAAAUACAGCACUAAAAGAAUGCAAGACAGUAAACAGAAAGACAUGCUGUUUCAACACUGAAAAACCCACUGUUUCUGAUAUUCAAACAAGAUCUGCUAUUAUUUCAUGGAAUCUGCAGAGCUCUGAGAACUGCAAGCAUGUGGAAUUUCCUGUAACAUUUGAAUUGGCAAUGUCUAACACUGGCAAAAAUGGAAACUACAAAAACAUUUAUAUUGGUGAUGAAGUUACUUUCACCCUCCACGAUCUACAACCAUCUAUGGCCUAUUUUUUAAGAGUUACAACCAUAAGAAGCUCAGAACAUAGAACUGUGUCUGAAGUGGUUAGCUUCACCACACCAGGAUGUGAACCGGACCCUCCACUUGCCCCCAGACUGAUUAAGCGAUCCAAGAGCAGCUUGAACUUACAGUGGAAAGGUUCCAAUGACAAUGGUUCCAAAAUAAACAGCUUCCUUUUGGAAUGGGACGAGGGUAAAGGCAAAGACUUUAAAAGUUGUUACACUGGUACCAUGAAACAGCACAAAAUUUUUAAACUGACUGCUUCUACAAAGUAUUCAUUCAGAUUAGCUGCCAAAAAUAACUUUGGCUUAAGUGGUUUCAGUGAGAUUGCUGUCUUCUAUACAUCGGGAAAUAUUCCUCCAGCACCUUUACCUCCUAAAUUAAAAGAAGCUGGAAUCUGCAGCUUAUCACUAGAAUGGUGUGCUCCAACAAACGUCAACCCAAACGAUAGUCUUACAUAUGUAUUAGAAAUGGAAGAAACAAAAUCUGGACUAGGUUUUAAACCUAAAUACAAUGGAGAAGACCUCUCAUGUACUAUAAAAAAUCUUCAGAGAAAUACUACAUACAAGUUUAGGAUUUUUUCCUACAAUUUGGAAGGAAGAAGCAACUCCAGUGGAGAAGUAAAAUAUACUACCUGUCCAGAUAAGCCUGGUUGCCCCAGAAAACCAUAUGUAAUGGGAAAGAUCCAUGCAAACAAAGUAAAAAUUGGAUGGCAAUCACCCAAUGAUAAUGGAGGAACAUGCAUUUCAAGUUACAGUUUAGAAGUUAGUGAAAAUUCAGAUGUGACUAUCUGGAAUGUUAUUUACAAUGGCACUUUGCAGGAAUUUCUGUAUGAUCAGCUACAACCUGGUACAACAUAUAAAUUGAGAGUAUUUUGCACUUCACCUGUAGGCCAAAGCCAGCCUUCAGAUGUGUUGACAAUUCAAACACCUACUCUGCCUCCUGCAUCCUGCCAAUCUUCACCCUUAAGUGGCAAAACAAAGUCCAAAGAAGCACAACUUCAGUUUGACAAUCCUCCUGUUAAUGGGAACUUAGAAACACCUGCGCGUGUCAAAAAGACAAGAGGUCACCAACGUGGCAGAAAAAAUCACCCAAACUCUGAAAAGACAUGUAUGCUUGGAACUCUUUCAACGAAGUGUGGAAUUGUACCAGUUCGGCGCCCUCCUUCUCAAUGUGGCACACCUGUGCUAACCUGCAAGGGUCCAACCUGUAUUGUUGUCAGUUGGGAAAUUCCUGAAUGCAAUGGUGCUGAAAUCACUGAGUACAGAUUACAAUGGGGACAAGUUGAAGACUCAAUGCACUUGAUAUAUACAGGUCCCUGCUUACACUAUGAAGUUAAAGGUCUCAUUCCUGCAACUACAUAUUUUUGCAAAGUUCAGGCUGCAAAUAUAGUUGGAGUUGGCAUGUUUGGAGGAGCAGGCAGAGCAACCACCCCAGGAUCUGUUCCUGCAAUGGUGCCAAUGCUGCAUGUAACUGAAAACAAAGUUCCUGCCAACUUGGUAUCAUCUUGCAUUGCCAUUCAAUGGGAGGAGCCAGACUGCCAUGGCUCUCCAAUCACUGGAUAUAAUAUUGAAUAUGGACAUAGAAAAGUCUUGAGCGUUGGUAGAGUAACCAAGUGUGUGUUGAAAAAUCUACAGCCUAAUACCAUAUAUAAAAUCAGAGUUCAAGCUAUCAAUCAUUAUGGACUAAGCCCCUUUACCCAACCAAUAAGAGCCAAAACCAAACCACUACCACCAGAGCCUCCACAUCUUGAUUGUGUGGUCAAUAAACACCACAGUCUCAAACUAAAAUGGGGUAACUCUUCAAACAAAAGAGCACUUUCCAGCCCUAUAAGCUACAACUUAUUAAUGGGAGAUCAGUCUGGCAGGUUUUCUGUCAUUUAUCAUGGGACCUGUCAGACUCACAAAGUGCAAAAAUUGAGAGAAUAUACUGAAUACAAAUUUAAAAUCCAGGCAUGUAAUGAAACUGGUGAGGGACCACUAUCUGACAUUUAUAUUUUCACUACAAUAAAAACCCCACCACCCACACUUAAAGCACCUAAAUUACAUCAAAUUAAUAACAAUACUUGUGUGAUUAAAUGGACAUCUUUGCAGCCAAUUAAAGGGGAUUCGAUAGUUUACAAUCUUCAAAUCACCAGCGAAAAAGGAACUGAACAGAUUUACAAAGGACCGAACACUACAUUUUCCUUUACCAACUACCUUGCAAAUUCACGCUAUCACUUCAAGGUUUGUGCUGGACGCCAGUAUCAAAAUUCUGAUGGCAUACAAGAGGUCUGGGGACCUUACAGUCCCAGUACAACUUUCUCAACUUGUAAGCCAGGGCAUGGAAAAGGUGGUAGAGGCAAAGGAAAAGGCAACCAUACUGAUCAAAAGACCAUGUCAGAGAUGAGUAGUGAUAAAUUCAUCGUCAUCUUAAUGAUGGGAUUUGCACUUGCUGCCAUUCUGUGUGUUGUAGCAAUUCAGUACUUCCUAAUCAAGUAAUCUAUUGCUAUGCAUUUCAUCCAGUUUAGGAAGUUGUCAAACAAAUUAUACCAAAUAUAGAAAUAGAUACAUUGGUGCAGCUCUUACAUAAAAAUAAAACUCAUUGGUAGAAACGUCAACUUUUUCCUAACAAUAAAAGCCUGCCUUAAUAUCCAAAAACUUUACUGUGACAAUAGAAGAGAUUUUUUUUAGAAAAUAGGUAUAUUUUCAAUUUCAUGAUUUUAUCAAGAAAACACCAUAUUGUUGUACAAAACUGAAACCUUUCAUGGAAACUAUUUCCUGCCUUAAUUUUCCAAAUGAAGAUUUUUCCAACCUUUUUAGAGUUACAGGAUUAUAACAGCACUUUGGAAUUUUAUUUUGAACAAAAUGAGAGAAAUUAUUUCUACA